ACGCAUAUCGCGUAUUCUUGCCUAUUGUUUUAGGUUCAUGCACAACUUACAAAUGUCAUCUUCGAGAUAUACAGAUUUGAAUCUGUCACCAGAAGAAAUUUCUAAGGUUCUUCUUUUUCUAGUAAAGCAUGUUCAGGAGCAAGCCUUUGCUUCGGAAUUGCGUUGUUUAUCGAAAGAUAAAGCCACUCACUCCCUAUCGAAACCCAUGCGGAAAUUGGCGCCGUUUCUGGACGACCGUGAAUUGCUAAGGGUGGGCGGUCGCCUUUCUAAAGGAGACCUGUCGUUCGAUGUGAAACAUCCACUACUAUUGCCUCGCGAUCAUAGGUUGACCACGCUGAUCAUAGAGGAUUAUCAUCACCGUUUUAUGCACCCUGGAUUGCAAACAUUGCAAAACUUAUUAGCCCAAGAAUUCUGGGUUCUAUCGGCAAAAAGGGCUAUAAACUCUGUUGUUUCAUCCUGCAUGAAAUGUUUUCGGGCUCGUCUUACUUUGGAACCGCUCACCAUAUUACCUGAAAGCAAUAUGGUUGAUGCAAAAUUAGGUCCACUUCAGAGAUGGAAAUUGCUCCAAAAGAUCCAUCAAGAUUUCUGGCGCAAGUGGCACGUCGAAUACCUGCACACCUUGCAGCAACGCCACAAGUGGUUCGAUGACCAGAAAAACAUCAUCGUCGGGACGCUCGUGCUCAUUGUCAAUGAGCAAUGUAGCCCCAUGAAGUGGAAGAUUGGCCGGGUGGUACAACUCCAUCCAGGGAGCGAUGGGAUCUGUCGAGUAGUCACGGUCCGCACAGAAUCGGGCGAACUUAAACGCCCAGUAGUUAAACUGUGUCCACUGCCUCUACAAAAUUAAAUUAUCUAAUAAUUCACUAUCGUAUCGUAUCAUUGUAAGCACUAACUUUAUCGUAGAUUUAGAUUAAACUUCAUAUUUAAACGUAUGUAAACUUAAACUAGGGAAUUAACCCAAGCCAUAUUGUUCCUUUUUUUCUUAUCCUUAGCAUACAGUACUUGUGGAAAAUACGUUGCAUUUUGGCGGGCGGAAAAUGUUAAGGAUUGUAGCUUUAAAAAUAUAUUAAAAAUAAUUUCGCCUGGCAACAUUAUGCAAAAAAGUAAAAAAAAAUAUAACCGUCGAUUCACCUCCCCUUUUCCCAUGUCGUCUCGAGGAGCAUGUCGCGCUAACCUUUUCGAAAUUAAAGUAAAAUAUAAUAUACUCGUGAAAAAUCGUGUGUGAGUUUGUGGAAGGCUGAUCGAUUGAAGAAGCACGUCGCCUGUUCCAUUUUCGGUGUCUGAGCUGGUUAAGGUAACUCGGAUUCAAGGUAAGUCUGGACGAGCCGAGAUUCGAGGAGCCUGGCCAGCCACCGCCGACUGCUGCAUCGUCGCCUACAGCCGAACAAGGUGAGUGCUUCCCACAAUUGACCCAGCCUAUCUUAAAUUCCCUAAUUUAUUGUCGUGUCGUUCGUGUCGUUAAGCUAUAAAGUUAAUCGAAUACAGUCCACAUAUAUAAUUUAAAGAUAUCGAAGUAAAAUAAUCC